AUGAUUCAAGAUAAAUGGAAUUUUAUCUCGCCUACAAAUAUUGAUUUGAAAGGUGCAGAAGCUACGCUUAAACGUUUUGCAAAUUACCCUGCAUCGACGAUCAAAGAUGAAAUCCUUUCCCGGUUGGUCUACGAAAUAGGAAUACAAGGACGUGCCUUUCGAAAUUUAGCAAAAGCAAGUAGUUCGCAAUGUUCUAAUUUAACUCGAUCCACCGCUGAUAUUAUUGUAAAUUUUGAAAAACUUCAAAGUUCAGAAUUCAUAUCUUAUUCAUCAAAAUCUGAAUUAACUAUAUCUGAAAUUUUAAAAGAAUGUAAUUUAAUCCGAAAAGGUUACAAAGAUAUAUCAAGUAAUUUAACUCGUAUUUCAAAUGAUUUCCAAACUUAUAAAUCAAAUCUCGAAAAAGAACAAUACACUAUUGAUCAGGAAAUUUCGAAUAUUAAAUAUCGUAGUAAAAGUGAAAAAAUAGGUGCCAUCAAGAUGGGUGUAAUUAUGGGUUUUGGAGUUGGUUCACUUUCAAAUGCAACACUUUAUGCUAUUGCACCACAACUAGAUGGAGGUCUAACAUUAAUAGCGACGAUUGUUACAGGUGGUGUUCUUGGAUGGUAUUAUGGAGGCAAGCUAAGUUCAAAACUGAAUCAAGAGGCAAUGUUAAAAGAAAAUGAAUUCAAAAAAUUAAAGAAAAGCACUGAUUAUAUUGAGAAUGUGAUGAAGGAUGUGAAAUUUUUUGACGAUAAAGUUGGGCUUUUUGAAACUUUUUGGGCAAGACAAAUUGAUCAUAUUUCUGUUACGCAACAAUUUAUUAACAAUGCAAAGAAGGGAAACGUGGAAGUAAAUAAUCUUAAUGUACAAUCUUUAUUGGCAUCCUGGAAUCAUGCAAAAACCGCUCUCGCGAAUUAUCAAGCUAACGUGAAAGUGGUUGUCCCUUGA